AGAUCCAAAUGGACAUACACACAGCAAUAUAAACCUAAAGAAAAGAGAGAGACAAUAUAUUGGGCAACUCAAGCCAUUGUUGAAUGGUCCAUUGAAUGAUUUUCAUUCAUUGUUUAUUGAAUACGCGCGUGUGUAUAUUUUUUUAUGCAAGAAUUCGAUUUUUUUUUUUGUUUCCUAAAUUCUAAAUGGCUAAAAAUAUUCGCUAUCUCAUGGAACAUGAUCACCAUGGAUAUCAUGAUCAUCUGCAUUUUUAUAUAAUAAUUACCAGUAUGGUAUUUGUGAUUGUCUCACAAAAAAAAAUCCAGGAAAAAAUAACUGACAAAACUUUCCAAUGAAUAUUGGCUGCACUGGUUUUGAUUUUUCAUGGAAAGUUUCUCACCUUAGCGUUGAUUUGUGCACUGGUUCGAUGAUUUCUUCUGUUCAUGAAACUUGUAAUUAUUGAUUAUUGAAAGUUUAUUUAACAAGAAAAAUGUUGGUGGAUGAAUCCAUACAGACCGGAAAUAUCUAUUCAGAUGACCAAAAUCAACGACAAAAACUGUCCAGUCGAAAUUUACGUAUAUUUGCUAGUUAUGCCGAAUGUCUUCGUGGUUUAGAUCAAUUCUAUGGCCAGGCAAAACGGCAAAUUCUACAAUAUCAAUCACCAACCACCGGUCUAUUCCCUUCAAUGUCUAAUGAUGAGAUCGAAGCAUCGAUACGUGAUUCUAUUUAUUGUUCAAUGGCUAUUUGGUCAUUAUAUCAAGCAUAUAUUCGACGUGUAGACGAUAGCCAUGGAAAAGCAUAUGAGCUUGGACAAAGUGUGGUCAAAUGUAUGCGUGGAAUUUUAUUCUCGUGGAUGCGACAUUCGAGAGAAAAAUUAGAAGUUUUCAAAACGAACCAAAGUCCUCGAGCUGCCUUACCAUCCAAGGUCAAUCUAACGACUAGUUUACCACUGGAGAAUGAUGACAAAAAUGGUCGUCAUCUUCAAUUGGAUAUCGUUUCCUUAUAUCUAUUAUUCAUGGUACAGAUGAUCAAUUCAGGUUUGCAGAUCAUUUAUACGAUGGAUGAGGUACAUUUCAUACAGAAUCUAGUCUAUUAUAUUGAAAGAAGUUAUCGAACACCCGAUUAUGGAAUGUGGGAACAUGGCUCAUUGUUUAGUCCGGAAACACCCGAAGUACAUGCAUCAUCGAUUGGAAUGGCUAAAUCGGCAUUGGAAUCGAUUAAUGGAGUAAAUCUAUUUGGCGAGAAAGGAGCUGCAUGGAGUGUCAUUCAUGUUGACAUUGAUGCACAUUCACGAAAUCGACGUACAUUUGAAACUUUGUUGCCACGUGAAUCGAUAUCAAAGAAUACCGAUGCUAGUCUAUUACCAACGAUUAGCUGGCCUUGUUUUGCCACUCAUGAUCCAGUCCUAUACAAUUCCACUAAACAACGGAUCGUUGACUUAUUGAAAACCCCGUAUGGAUUUAAACGAUUCCUUAAAGAUGGCCAUGGAACCUCGGCCAUGAUGAAUAAUGAUAAUCGUAAUUAUUCCUAUCAUGAAAUCAAACGUUUUGAGAAUAUUGAAUGUACAUGGCCAAUAUUCUUUUUGUUCAUGAUCAUUGAUGCCAUAUUCAAAAAUAAUGAAUUACAAUUAACUGAAUAUAAAGAAUUAUUGUUUGAAAAAUUAUUACGCCGAGAACCACAUCAUGGCGAUCCGAUUGUGCCACAAUAUUACUAUAUACCACCGGAAUAUAUUGAAUCUGAGCGUAUCAGUCCGAAUUCGUUGCCACGAUUUUCUAGCACCGAAGGAGAAGCUUAUCAAUCAUUAUAUCUGAUGGGGCAGUCGGUAUUACUUGUUGCACAACUUUUAAUGGGUGGAUUUUUGGACAUAAAAGAACUGGAUCCUAUUCGUCGUUAUUCACCCAGUUAUGAACGCAAUCCUAAAAAUGGUCCGAAUUCUGUGUUUCAAGGUAAACUAUAUGGUACGGCUGCCGAAUUAGUCGUACAGGUUGUAUUGAUUUCUGAAUCAACACGAUUGAAAGCAAUGAUGGCUACAUAUGGAAUAAUGACACAGACACCAAUAGAGGUUGAACCGGUAAAAAUAUGGUCUUCAUCACAAUUGGUUAAAAUAUAUGAAUACCUUGGAAUAAAUGAAAAGCUUGGCCUUAAAGGUAGGCCACCGAGACCCAUUGGUAGCCUAGGAACUUCGAAACUUUAUCGAAUUCUUGGCCGAACUGUUCUUUGCUAUCCACUGAUUUUUGAUAAUUCAGAUUUUUAUCUAUCAAAUGAUAUGGCACUUUUGAUCGAUGAUAUUAAGAAUGAAUUGAAUUUUAUAGGAAAAUAUUGGCGAAUGAGUGGACGACCAACCGUUUGUAUAUUGUUGCGAGAGGAAAAUUUACGAGAUGUUAAUUUUAAAGAGAUGCUCGAUCUACUUGUUGAAUUCAAAAAAGGUUAUCUUACAUCGACAGGCUUGAAAAUCAAAACAGGCCGCCUACAAAAUCUGAUUAGUUUAUCGAGUAUUGAACAUUUGGAUUUCACAGCACAAUUUUCACAAGAAUUGGAAAAAUUACCCGAACUUCAAUCUUUUAGACAGCCUGAGCAUAAAAAUGAAUCUGGAUUCGAAUUAUUUGAUAAUAAUUCCAAAAAUAUACAUUAUGCUGAAUCGAAUGAUUUUAAUAGUCGAACAUAUGAAUCAAAGUCAACAUGGGAAGUGAUAAAAGCACUUGAAUCAUGUCAAACAUUGUUCGGUCAAAGUCAAUUGUUAUGGAUUCUUUUAAAACGUGAAGGUUCGCACUAUACAUUGCCAGAAUUUGGUUCGACCAUUAUCGAGAAUAUUGAAAAUGUAAGCCAACGUGCCGUACAAUUACGAUUAUGGUCGGUAGUAAGAUUUUGUAGUUCAAUACUAAAGAAAUUUGUCGAUUCAAUAUCGCCAAAUAUGACAUCCAUAUUGGUUAAUCAAAAACAAAUUACCAUUGGAACUGGAUUUCAUGAAGUGCUCAUUGAUUAUCCACGAACACCCACUGAAACACAUAAUCUAAUUUAUUCAAACAGUGAAAAUGUAUGCGAUUCAGUGCUACAACAGGAAAUCAUUAUUUAUGUUGGUCAUCUUAUCUCAACAUCGCCGAAUCUAUUUGAUGGUAUAUUUAAAAUACGAAUUGGUUCCGGUUUGAUGCAGGCUAUGCGAUUUUAUCUGUUAUUCAAAAAGGAAUAUAUUAAAGCAGGAAAAACCGAACUAGAAUCACUAUCGCCAACCGAAUUACGGCGAGUACUGUUUCGUGUCUUGACUGAUCAAGAUCUUAAACCCAUACAACAACGACAAAUCAAUGGUUCAUUGGGACGAUUUCCAAAUAAUUUUAGUGAUAAAGUUUGGGAAAUUCUUAAACGAACAAGAUAUGGUGUUUCAGUUGGUAAUUACAAACUUUCCAGUUUGUUGUGCGCACAAACUUCACCACAAGAUCUCAAUUUUAUAAUUGAGGUGGAAAAUUUCAUCUUACAUAUACCGGCACCAGAAUAUCGACAAAUAUUGGUCGAGUUACUAAUGGUAAUGUACAUAAUACUCGAAAGAAAUCCCGAACUUUAUUUCAACUUUGGCGAUUCAGUUGAUUUGGACAAUUUGGUCGAACUAGCACUACGUCAAUACAAAAAAGACGAAGAUCCAAGAAAAACCAUACUAGAAUUCUAUCAGGAGGAUAAAAAUUCUAUAUCUGCAUUUUUUGCACGUGCCAUUUUGGAUACAUUGUUGCAGAAUCCACAACAAGAAGAAUGUAAAAUCACAUGAAAUAUUACAUAAAUUUUCUUUCAAUAGGAAAAAUGAUUAAAAAAAUAAUAAAGAAACCUAACUCGGAAACCAAAGAAAUGCUUACUGUGUAUAAACUGUGUAAACCACACACACAACCAUACAUCGAUCCAUUCAUCCAUCAUCAGUUAUGAUUAAUUUGAGUAAUUUUUUUCCUCAAACGAUUAACAAAGACAGAAAAAACCUUGGAUUAUAGAUAGAUAGAUAGUCAUGACGAAUAUCUUCCAUCAUAGCCAAUUGUCGAUUAAUAACGUAUGAAUUGUGUGUUUUUUUUUUACUGCUACAUUACAUUAUCCAUUCAUUGUGGGAUACUAUAUAUACAAAAAACUGGUAAUGUUUGUAUCCAAUCGAAGUAUGAAUUCUAUCUAUACAACUUUACAGACAUAUAAACAAAACAUAUAUAUAGACAUAGCAUCAACACAGUUAUCACUCACUACUCAUAUGUGUACUUUAUUGCCAAUUCUAUAUGAUGAUUCUCGCAUCAUAAGUAAAUUAAAUUUUUUCGGGUUGUUGA